AUAAUAUUUACUAAAAUUCAGUUCCCAGCGAUCUUAUGCCGGGAACGGAAGUGCUAAAACAAGUACGGUUACGGUUGUGAGAAAAAAGUGACAAUAAAAUAAUAAAAAAAAAUAAAUAUAAAUAAAAUUAAACGAAAUAAUAUGUACAACAUUUUAUUAAAUUCUCCUAUAUACAAUUAUUUAUUUUCAGUUUAACAAAACGUUAUAAAUUUAAAUAAAAUACAAAAAAUGCUAUAAAAACUGGCAAAAAAAAAGAAACUAAAUUAAAAUGUUAAAUUUGUGAAAACAAAAGCUAAAUUAAUAAACAAUCCUUUGGCAAACCGUCUAAAGUCCUUGGCAAAUUACCACUAUUGAAAUUUAUCGAUGUCUAAAAUUAAUUUGCAUCACCAAGUAAUCAUUUUAGAAAGUGCAAAGCAAAAAAGAAAGAUUUUAUUAAAUCGAGCCCACACGAAAAGUCAUCUAAAAGCCUCCAGAGUGCUAAACGAAUUUAAAAGGAUCUCAUUGUUCAUCACCGCGACACAUAAAUUUAGCUAACAUUUAUUUAAAACAACUCGUAACGUAAUUUAUUUCACUCUACAAACAAAAUGGCUGAUAAUUUUUAUUUACGCAUCCCACCCACACCUCAUUUAAAAUCUGCGUCCGUCCAUGCUUUACCCGAACAUUUUGAAAAUCUCUUUCUAAAUGGCAACUUUGUCGAUGAUGACAAUAAUAAUUUGGGCGCCGCUGCAAAUGGAAAUGACACCCAUUGCUGGGUAUUUGGUUAUGGUUCAUUGUGCUGGUAUCCGGGUUUUGAGUACAACAAAUGCAUAACUGGUUAUAUAAGAGGUUAUAAUCGGAGAUUUUGGCAGGGCAACACAACACAUCGCGGUACAGUUGACAAGCCUGGACGUGUAGCUACUCUAGUUGAGGAUAAAGAGGGUAUUACAUGGGGCUGUGCUUAUAGAAUAACAGGACAAACGGCUUUAGAUUACUUGAAACAACGAGAGUGCACUUUAGGUGGAUAUACAACAGUUGACACGAAAUUUUACCCCCGCGUUGCAUCCUACGACACACCAUUUGGCGGUGAAGCUUUAGAAGUUUUAGUUUAUGUGGCCAAUACCGACAGCGAGCACUGGCUGGGCGAAGACAGUUUGGAAGAUGUUGCAAAACAAAUUGUGGAAUGUCAAGGACCCAGCGGCCAUAAUGCUGAAUAUCUAUUGCGUUUGGCAAAGUUUAUGCAUGAAGAAAUACCAGAAGUAUGGGAUGAGCAUUUAUUUCAAUUGGAAACAUUAGUGUUAAACGAAUUACACAAACGUAGUAUACCCGUUUGGACUGUGAUGGGUAUGAAUCCAGAGCGCAUACGGCGAGAUUCUCAUGAAGAAAUUAGACGACCACCUAGCUUUGAAUUCACCUCACGUAUACCGGAACGUAAGCUGCGUUGUUUGAACAUUUGAGUAAUGCAGCAAUACUUUCCAUACCAUUUUAGAAAUGGAAGUAUUAAUAUUAUAACAACGACUAUGGGUCGAUAAACUAUUAAGUUUAAGUAAAAUUAUCAUUUUAAAUAAUUUUGUACAAUACAUAAAUAUUUUAUAUACAUACAUGCUACAUACAUUUUUCAGUCAUGCUCAUCUAAAAUGUUUCACCAUCUACUAUAUACAUAUUUAAUGUAAACACAUACAUUUUAUAUACAUACUUUCAUAAUUCAAACCAAUGUUACAAUUUAAUUAGGGCUUGUUGCCAAAUUUAUUUGUUUUAAGUACGAAUUCCUACACUAUAUUCAAAUUGAAACAAAUUAGUAUAUUAUGAUAAAAUUAUUGUUAACGUAUCAUUAGAUAUAGUAACUGAGAUUGCUUACAUAUAAAUAUACAUUGAUUAUGUUCAAGAUAAAAAAAAAAACGUAACAAACCAAAUUAAAAAAAAUAUAUAUUUUUAUUACACCCAUUUUUUAUAAAAUUAUUGACAAAUUUAGUAAAAUGCACACUAAACGCUGAAAUAAUAAAUUAAUAAAAAUAUUAUUUGCAAUAUA